GCGAGUGAAGCCAGGUUACUGAACAGUGAUUCGUUCAGACAGUGCAAUCGACAAACAAUUCAGAACACUCUGCACCGAGAAUCCACCCAGAAGCAACCUGCCCUCGGCACGAGCUGUUGCCGUGUUUGUUGUUUGCUGCACUGGAUUGUACAGCCCUAACCUCACAGUGUCGCAGGGACAGUCGGCUGCAGGAUUAGAAGUCUGACUGGCUAUCGGCUCAGGCAGUGCGAUAAGACGACGGACAGCUCUUACGCCCGGAGGCCUUUCAUCCCUGCUCUCUGUGUCCCCUGCUGACAUCUCCUUCCAACACAGAUUUCUCAAAAGGAGAGAAGAUCCAUAUGAACACUGUGCCAGAGGCAUCAUGGAUGUUGGAACUGUGACAAGUUUAUCCAACUUAUCUGAUUCCUUCAAUCACUUCCUGUCGAGUUACAAAGACCCAAAGCUCUUGUACUGUCAAAAUGGAGGGUAUUUUAUGCGAAUUCUUCCUGAUGGAACAGUGGAGGGAACACGAGACCACAGUGACAUAUACAUUCAGCUUCGGCUGCAGGCCGUGAGCAGAGGGGUGGUGACAAUUCAUGGGAUUGAAGCCGGACACUACCUGGCGAUGAGUGAGAAGGGUCAUCUUCAUGGCUUGCCAUCUCCAACAGAAGAAUGCUUCUUCCUGGAAACCCUGGAGGAGAAUGGUUAUAAUACGUACAGAUCCAAAGAGUACUUGGAGAGGAACUGGUACGUCGCCAUUCGAAAGAAUGGAAAUGCCAAGCCAGGACCGAAAACUAACGCUGGGCAGAAAGCAAUCCUGUUCCUUCCGAUGCAAGUGAAGAACAAUUAGCUUGACACCGAACAGCCACCACAUUCAAAAAACUUCUGAGUGGACUGAAAGAGGAUUAAAUGGUCAAUGUGUUGAUAGAGGCAGAUACCUAGUGAUAGUCACUAGCAGUAAAAAUGGGACCACAGAAUAUUUUCCCCUUAACUCAUUUCUGGCCAUAUUUACUCCUCCUUUACUGGCACCAUUGACAGCCUGGAACCAAGGAGGUUUAGAGUCAAUGUGCUCCUUCUGACCUGGCCAUCCCAGACAGUGAACCUUGGGAGUGAUCAGUUCUCAAGGGCUCCAGACUCAAACCAACCCUGACCUGUCUGGACAAAGCGUAGAUAGGGAUGAAAACAACAUCCAGAUGGAGACCGGGAUCGAGCUCUCACUGCAUUUCACACUCAUUACCGUAUGAUUAUUUGGACCUCUCCCAGAUUGGAGAAGGGUUCCGAAUCGUGCAGCUUACUGACAUGUGAAGUAUUUUAUUUAUUUAGGAUGCAGCACGGUAACAGUUCCUUCCUGCCCACAGUCACACACCACCCAAUUACACCCAGGUGACCAAUUAACAUACCCACCCGUAGGUCUUUGGAACGUGGAAGGAAACCAGAGCACCUGGAUGAAAGCUGUACAGUCACAGGGAGAAUGUAGGGACUCCUUACAGACAGACAGCAGAAUUGAACCCGGGACGAUGCUGCUGUAAAGUGAUGUUCUAGCCACUACACUACUGUGUCACCAAGUACAUAACUUCUCAACUAUGGAAUGAGGGACAGGGUGGGGGGGGGGGGGGUUGCCACUAGGAAACCAAGUUGAGGGGAUGGGCUGUUACUAAGCCAUUCUAUAACUGACAUUUAAGAACAAAACCUCGUGAGUUUGCCUCUGCUGUGAAGUGUCUGACCCCUCUGCAGGGUUGCCAUCUCUGGCAGUAAUUAAUAUGUACUUCCUGGAAACAACACCUGAGUUAUGGAUUGGAAUAAAACAGGCCAACUAUAAACAUGACCAGCUUCACGUUAAAUAAUCACUGCAUUAUAUUCUGAUCCUCAAACAUUACAGGAGUGCAAUUUCACUUCGAGUAAGGAUUCAGAGAAAAAACCUGACUUCAUAUCAGAAUUUUAGAAAACUAUAUUUUGACAAUUGUUAUUUUAUUUCAACAAUCACCUACUUUAAGCAGCUGACUUGAAAGGUGAGAUUGAUGUCACAAAUUCAGUUCACUAUGCUCUCUGCAUACUUUAAACAUGUAUUUAUUCAUUAUAGGCUAGAUGAGAUCAUUAAAGAAACAUUGUAAACUCAGACAUAGCCGUUUCCUUUAUGUAAUUCCUAAGGCAUGUUAUAAAAAGAAAUCUGUGAUAACAUUAUCACUUCAUGCUGAAUACAGAGUCAUGAGAGGUGAUGUAACUAAUAUUGUAUUUUCUCCUUAUUAGAUGUGUGGAAAUCUACUGACACUAUUCACAAUAAACAUAA